AUGAGUGGUAGAAGGAGAGCCGAUUCACUUAAGGGUUUGUCGCUCCCAAAAUAUAGCCGACCUCAAACAGAGGAAGAGAUGGCUUCAAUGCAUAAUUAUAGGGACAGUGGCAUCCUUCUUCUCUCUUUGACUCAAUCUCGACAAGCUUGGACAAGUUCUAUUUUAAAAAAGUUCUCUAGCAAGCAAGAAGUUAUUUAUCAACCCAAAUUACCAGAAUAUACAAAUCCAAAUGCGGUUGUUUCACUAUUGGGAAAGUGUCAUAUUACUAUAGGACCACACACUUUUUACGAUACUAAAAUUUAUGAGGCCGUAUACGAAAAGGAAAUGCCAAGUCCAGAUGUUCAGGCUGGAAGUUUUCAAACCCAACCAGCACAACUGGGAUCGCUCCAAUCUCCUGCACAACAGCAAACACAAUCAAGCACACAAAGCUUAACACAAUCAUCACAAUCGGUUAUACAGACUCCGUUACAACAACCAUUACCUGCAACUCUUACACAACAAUCGUCUCAGGCGAAAACGCCGCCAGCUUCAUCGACACAAACAUUUCCUAGACCAAUACAUCCUGCUAUACAACCAAGGCCACCGACACAAACACAAGUACCGAUUCAACCACGAGUUACUUUACCAAGGAUAUCUGCACGCCCUGUUACUAAUAUACAGACCGCUUCAGCUUUGCCUAUAAAUAGUUCUAGUACAAAUACGAAUGGGAAUAUCCCAUCAUCUUCUACAAAUACAAAUGCAAUCGCUACAUCUUCUAUGCAAACGAAUGCAAAUAUCACACCUUCAUCUGCAAAUACAAGCGCUACAUCCUCGUCUACAAACGCGAAUACUAGUACACCAAAAGUUCCACCACAAGCUACGCCACAACUAACUGCGUUUAUGCAAACAGUACUUCAAUCGGUUAACCCAACACAGAUAUUGGCUAUUCAAGAACAUUUGCGCCAUCCACAAGUGGCGGCCCAUAUGUCUAUCGAGCAAAAAAAUGCAUUAAUUAGUCAAUUAACGAUAAUCCAUCAGUUGUUAACAUCAACACAAUUAGCACAACAAAAAACUCAACAGCAAUCGGUUCAUUCACGAACACAGUCUCCUGCAAUGAGAAUUAGACAAGUUGUUAGGCAUGAAGUUCUGUUAGAGUUUAAGGAAACCAAAAAUGAUAAAUGGUUGUUUCCAAAAGAUGCAAUAUUAGAAGCAUUGUCAAUGUCAGAACCUUACGAUGUACUUGCUUCAUUUUAUCUUCCUCAAAACGAAGAAACAUCAGGUUCUAAGCAGCAACAUCAACCUGUCACGAUGCACAUGACUAACAUAACGCAACCGAUGUUGGACGCGUUAAAAAAAGCAACGAAUGAUGUAACUACUGUCUUCAAAGCAAUGGCUGCAAAGGUGAACAAGCAACCUAAUCGUGUUUAUUUACAAUACCGCUUGCCUUGCGAUUAUCCAGAAGAUUUACUAGAGGCGAUUGGACAAAAAGUUGCUAAAUUGGACGGAACUACGAACACUGACAAUAUAACUCCGCCAAAGAAACAUGGUGAAAUAGAUAUCAUGGAUUAUAAGGUUGAGACUACGAAUAAAAAGCAAAAACCUAGAAAUGGGGAAGGUAGCAAAGCGACAUCAAGAGCACCAACCUCCGCUCAAAAAAGGGCCAAAACAGUACCUGAUGUUUCAGUUUCUGUAGCACCUGUUCCAACUUCUGGAUCUAGUGGAGGUAACAAACGUUGUGCUUAUUGCUUUUGUAAGAGUACUCCUAUGUGGAGAAGAGGUCCGGAUGGUGCUGGGACUCUUUGCAAUGCCUGUGGUGUGAAAUGGAAACAAGGAAAGAUAUUACAGGGUACUAGCGCAAACCGUGCUACUGAAGUCAAUGGCGACUCCGCGACGGUUGCACCAAGCCCUAAAUCUAGGAAAUAUUCAUUGUCUGCAGCAUGCACUUCUGCUACUGCAACUACAACAUCAAAAGUUAAAAAGAAGUCUGGACGAUCACUUUCAAUAAGUGAAGGUGCGUUAUCACUUACUGAUGAUGAUGAAAACCGUGAUAAGAAUCUUGGCAAUAUUGGAGAAAAUUUAAACACAGAGUCACAAAAGAGUGGUAGUGGUAGAAGGGCAUCUGCAUCAUCAAAGAAAAAUAGUUCCAAAGCAACAACUACCACAGUCUUUGGUGGUGAGAUUGCAGCCUCUCCAGGCAAAUACCCAGAAUCCUCCGACAUUGUAUCCAGUCCAUCACGAUCGCCACAAUACCCAUCUGCAUCUACUGCAAUGGGAGGGGUAGGGAUGCCAACAUCUCGCGCUUCUACUACAGCAUCUACAACAAAUUCUCCAACCAUAUUAGGUGGUGGCGGAUUUCCAAUAAAUUUGAAAUUAAAUUCAAUCUCGUUUGGCUCAUCGGAAAAUAAUUUGAUCGGAGGAAAUAAUAAUAACAGUAAUCAACAAGGCGGAAAUUAUUAUUUCUCUCAACCUAACUGCAGCGCACAAGUUUUUGAGGAUUGUUUAAAAAUAAGAUUGGAAAAAGAUGGUUAUGAAAAAACAAGUAUUGAUAUUUGGAAAGAAAAUAUCAAUUUUUUAAAUUUUGAAAACGAAAGAGAUCUGGCUACUGGAAUUCCCUUACUUUCCGUUCAAGCAUAUGUUACUCAACAUUUGAAUAGGCCAACUACAAUGAUUGAAAAUGAUGGAAAUAUCAAUGAUGUAUUUAGAAGUGGCGAAAGUAGAGACCUUAAAACAUUUUUAGAGAAAUGGGUAGCUUCAGGAAUUAAUAUUACAAA